AUGGUGUGGAGUUAUGGAAAGAGGAAGGACACUCAAUGGCAGUGUGGCGAGACCAUUGGAGCGACCGAGCUGCACAACGGAAAUUGCAGAGGUAAUCCGCCCGGCUUACGUUCCCCAAACCAACUGGCGCGCUUGCAGAAAGUUUGUGGGCGCUUGUUGGCGGCAGUGCCCGUUGGUUUUGUACGCGCGGUAAUUGUCGGGGAGGCGGGAGAUGGUGGCACAUUCCGGGCCCAAGGCUUUCCCCCACCGCAUAACUCCCCGAAGCCACUGGACGACAAGCAAGCCAGUCAGCGCGAUUCAAUCCAAGGUGUGGUUUGGGCCAUCCAAAGCGGCCGGCAGCGGCAGCGGCAGCGGCAGCGGCAACGCGCUAAUGUACAGAACGUGAAGGUGGGUGUUCUUCGUCAGAACUUCAGUCGAGAUGAUACCGAGAGAUGUGAACAGCCUAUUCAGGUUGCGCUUUCGUCCGUCAGCGAGCCCCUCGUUGUUGGAUUCAGGUCCCAAGCAUCAAGGAAUAGCGAGCACGACAUGCCCACAAUCCUGCUCCGCCGGGCCUGCAUAGAAACUCCGGGGCUUGAGCCAGGGUUCCCGAAGAGGGAACCCCUGCUGAACCUGCACCACCGAGCAGCCGCCCGCUUUUACAAUGAUGACCCGGCGCCACUGUGCCUCCCGCUCCCACAUUCCUCGCACUCUGCACUCUUCUCGUCGCUUGCCGUUUACUUCGUCUGGCAGACACCCGAGCCUACGAUAACCCUCCCACACCAUGUCCUCAACGUCGUCUCAUGGCCAAUACAACCUACCCCGCCACCAGGGUCCGACCUAUUCGCUUAUCGUCGCCGGCAAUUAGACGACAGCUUCAACACCAUAUGCGGCUACGUCAACGGGGACUUAGAGCUGCCCGCGACAUGCGGGUCAGGAUCGCAUUGCGUGGUCGAUACGGAGCACAAUGUGGUGGGCUGCUGUCCGAAUGGCGCGCCGUCAUGCACAGCCGGUGUAUUUACGGGUUGCGUGGAUCAGAAUAGCGGCGCGCAGACCGAGGUCAACCCCUACGUCUUCAGCUGUACGGGCGCCGCCGUCUGCUACAUGAACGAGUACGAGGGCGGCUUCUCCCAGUAUGGCUGUGGGACUGCGAGCGACAUGGCGGCCACCGUCCAAAACAGUGCCAGUGGGAUGACAGCCCCCCUCAACCGACCUACCGUCACCGUUUCGUACACAGAAGGCAUCAGCACACUCAGCGAACCCACCACGCUAGGCACCGCGUCUAGCCGGGCAAGCAGCACCACCGCGCGCUCCUCGGCGACCCCUGCUUCCGCUUCCUCCGACUCAACAACCUCCGCUGCCCCGACCGAGAGCGUCGACGCGGCAGCCCCGCCGGCAACCGACACAGCCUACCGCACGGGCGCCAUCGUAGGCGGCACCAUCGGCGGCCUAGCCGUAGCCAUCGCGCUGGUGGCGUUGGUCUUCUUCUUCCUCCGGCGGCGCAACGCCAACAUUCGACAAGGGCCCGGGCCGGGUGGAUACCGCGGCAAGGUCAUCAGCCCGCCACAACCGGGCGGCGGCACUGGCUUCGCGGCCCUUGCCAACGACGACCACGACGCCUUCGAGACCGGCCCCGCCGGCAGCGUACUCGACCAGCACCAACAACACGAAUACCAACCCCAAUAUCACCCACAACAACAACAACAACAACCUCCCAUGUCCACCAACCCGAGCGCCGCAACCGCCGCCGCCGCCGCCGCCGCCGCCGCCGGAGCAGCCGCCAGCGCGCCCCCGGGCACCGCCAACCGCAGCAUGCUCCCGCCCCUAUCCACCGGCCCGCCCAUGCCCUUCCAAAGCGAAGUCUCGCCCGUCGAGCACCACGAUCUAGACACACCACUCGCGUACAGCCAUUCCGCCCUCAGUGGCGCGGCCGCCGCAUCCGGCAGCGCCGCCCUCUCCUCCGCGGGGGCCGCCUCCGUGUCGUCCUACCCGCCGUCGUCGUCGGGCGGGCUGAGUGGUGAUGGGGGACAGCAAAACAUGAACGCUGCGGGGAUGGGUCAACAGGGGGGCUAUGGCUACGGCCAGGGCCCGGCGGCGUACGCGGGCGGGUCGGGCCUGAUGAUGGGCAUGAGCCCGUUGUUGUUGAGUCGGGGCGCCGAGCGUCAUCUGGAGAGUGACCAGGUGCCGCUGACGUCGAUGGCGGGGCUGGGAGGUGGUGGUGGUGGUAUUGGUGGUGGGGGGACGGGAGAUUGA